AAUGGAGCCCACUGCACCGCACAUCCAACCAGGAAACUGCAAAAGCGUGUUUGGAUUUGGAAGAGAAGAAGAAGAACAAGAAGAAAAAGAAAAGGAGGAAUCAGCUGUAAACUCUCUCUGCAGCCUCUUUAGCUGUCUGUGUCUGACCCUUAACCUUAUGGACUAGACUCGUCCUCAGGUGAAUUCUUCAGUGUGGGACUCCGUUUUUUGGCUUUGAUUAGUUUUUUUUAUUCUCAUCAAGAUGCAGGCACAGUUGGCGUGUAUGCUUCUCCUCUGUUUCACAUGUGGGGCAUUUUGUACAGAUGUCGACCAGGAGCAGCGAGCGCUAGAAGAGGAGCUACUCAGCAGUCUCUUCACUCCUAAGAUGAAACACAAUAAGCAGAGUGCCCCCUACUGGCGCGUGUCACUGGCCAACCUGUGUAGGAUGGCCAGCAGCCUGCGGCAGGAGGCAUGGAGUGGUGAGGAAGAGGAGGAAGGCGAGCUGAGGGAGGGGAGCCUGCAGCUGCUGGAGCAGCUGUACAGCCUCCAACACAUCUGUCGAGCGCUGCAGAGCCGGGAGGAGAGGCUACUCCAAGACUCUCUAGAAUAUUCGGAGGAGAACAGUGACGCUCCGCUGAAGCGAAAAUCACCCUACAUACUGAAGAGGCAAGCCGGGCACACCACUAAGUCCCGGAGGCCGUACAUCUUAAAACGAAAUACAGUUUACUGACAGCCAUCCCAGAGACCAGGGUGACGUUCUAUGGGACCAAACUAUACACUUUGUGUGAUGAUGUGAUUGUGUUUUUUUGUCUGUCUUCUUGUAGCAGCAGUGUUUUUUUUUUCUUUUCCUCUUGUUGUUUUUAUCCAGUCAGACCCUUCGAUUGUACGUGCAGCCUGAGGCCUGUCUAUAUUCUGCUCCUGAAAAUAAAAGUCCUGAGCAUCAAACAAAUUGUGCAUCUCUGAGAAACUGUAUUUAUUUACUCUAUUUCUUCACUGCACAAGUCUAUUUUGUUUCAGGAUAUGAUUAAAGGAUUCAUGAUACAAAACCA